CAAAAAAAUUGAAAUAAAAAGAAAGAAAACAUGUACAUCAUGAAACCUCAACUCCCCAAUGAUGUCCGGAACAAACUUCACCACAUGUGCUUGCAUAUACACAUAGAUACAUGUGUAUUAUGCGAAUGCGUGAAUAACUGAAUAUAAUAUAGACUCACUCUAAUAUAUCUAAUGAAGUAAAUAUGGCAACAACGUGACAGCAUCUAAGUCUUCUUGGUUUUAAGACGUGACCAGCCUAACGACCCAACCAAACUACUUGUCUAUUCUUCCUCCCACCCUCUAAAACCCCCCUACCUUCUCUACUUUCAGAUCAUCAAGCCCCAAUUUCAAGCAGAGAACAAUGGCUAAUUCAGCGUCUGGGAUGCACGUUAGCGAUGAGUGCAAGCUCAAGUUCUUGGAGUUAAAAGCAAAGAGGAACUAUAGGUUCAUUGUGUUCAAAAUUGAUGAGAAGGCUCAGCAAGUUAUGAUAGACAAGCUUGGGAAUCCAGAAGAAACUUACGAAGAUUUCACCAGAUCUAUUCCCGAGGAUGAGUGCCGAUAUGCUGUCUAUGACUAUGAUUUCACCACCCCUGAGAACUGCCAGAAGAGCAAAAUCUUUUUCAUCGCAUGGUCACCUGAUACAUCAAGAGUGAGGAGUAAGAUGUUGUAUGCAAGCUCAAAGGACAGGUUCAAGAGGGAAUUGGAUGGGAUUCAAGUUGAAUUGCAAGCAACAGAUCCUAGCGAGAUGAGCCUCGACAUCAUCAAGGGACGAGUCAAUCUCUGAAUGGAACUUACCGCAUCUUAAUUCGUUUCAGUCAAAAUUCAUAUUUUCUGCUUUCGUUUUCUUGGGUAUUUUUCAUUUAACUUCUUUACUAUUUGUAUCUUCUGUGAUUCAAGAUCUCACCUCUUUCUUUUUUCCUUUUCGGUACGCAAUAAUCAUCCCAAUAGAUAAUUACUUUGCUUCCCUG